AUGGCACGGGCUGGUAUGACAUUUAAAGGUGCCUCUGCUUAAUUAUGUUGCAGGGAAUAUUGGAUCUCUUUAUUCUAAGGGGACGCGCCCGCACUGUCAGAGUCUGAAAUGGAAAUGAUUGGCUUCUGUCCUGAUCCACAAACAGAGCCACAAACUGGGAGGAGGGUUCCAAUCCAAUGGGCACUGAACUAUAAUUCUCAUCCACCCUUUUUGCAGCUGUUACUAUACUACAACUAUACACUCCUCUGAAAACUGUUGGAGGCUGCCGGGAGUUUUAGUUUAACAUCAGUUAGAACCUGCAAACUAUAUAAUAUCAAUGCAUUUGUUACAUGCAUAGAGCAUUAAUGGAAAUCCAUAAUGUUUCUCUCUGAUCUCCCUUUCCUCUAUUUUUUUUUUAAAUAAGGACACGGUGAGCUCUGUAUAAAUAAACCCAUCCUUUCCCUUAGCUGCAGUCUUUCUUUGCCUUGGAGAUAAGGAACAUUUAAUUACACAGAGGUCUUAUCCGUAAACUGGUAAUGCUUUACUAUUUACUUCACCUCAUACAGCAAAACCUGAAGGAGAAUUCACAGCCCAAAAGAUGGACAAACAGGAACACUGGGCUCUUCCAGUCUCCAGGGCAAAACUCGAAACCCACAGAUGGCCGACCCGGUGGCGCUCACUUCCCCAGAUCUCAUAUGGCAGAAGCCAUGUCGAAGGCAAAGGGAGGCACAGGUGGAGGAGGAGGGGGCACCAGACCAAGCCUCGUGGGGCAGAUUAUUCCAAUCUAUGGAUUUGGGAUUCUUCUUUAUAUCCUUUAUAUCCUAUUUAAGCUUUCAUCAAAAGGGAAAAAUACUAAAUUGGAAAUCAGUACUCAGCCUGUUGCCAAUGGAAACCUGAAGAGGAAAAUCAAUGACUACGAGCUCAUCCAACUGCAAGAUAAACUAAAGGAAACGGAGGAAGCAAUGGAAAAGAUUAUCUCCCGCUUGGGGCCCAACUGUGAAAGCGCUGACAACAUGAGCUCUGAUGAAGAAAUUCAUCUGCUUCAACGCCUAAAGGAGAUCACCAGGGUGAUGAAGGAGGGUAAAACCUUGGAUGGAAUUUCUCCUGAAAAGGAAGCAGAAGAAGCUCCGUACAUGGAAGACUGGGAGGGUUACCCAGAAGAGACCUAUCCUGUUUAUGACCCUUCUGACUACAAACGGACCCAACAGACUAUACUCGUUGAUUGCUCUCUGCUGAACCAACCAUCAGCCGAACAGAUUGCAGAGCAGAUGGGAUUUAAUGAAGAUGAUGAUCAAGGAGAUUCUGCUGAGAAUGUGGGCAAGGAACCUUGUGUAGAGUGUGAUGAACAAGCUCAUGUGACCGUCUCAGCCGAAAACAAAGUUGAUGGAAUUGGGGAGAACCUUGAAGAGGAUGAAGAUGAGGAGGAGGAUGAUCCAGAAGUCAUAGCAGAAAAUGCUGGGUUUGUAUCAGACAGCUGCAACGAAGAAGAGGAUUCCAAAGAAACAUUUAUGAACUCAAGAGAUGAAAAUGAAUCAUUGGGAGACACACUUGGGUCCAAUCAAGACAGAAUGGGAACUUUAAGGAAAAGGAACACAAAGGGCAUUGAGUAUUGAUUGCUAUGUAGUCCCUUCAUGGGCUAAGGUUUGAGAUGCCUGCUGAACUGUAUCAAGACAUGCCCAGGUUGGUGAUAAUAUGGAAAUAUCCACAAUCUGCCUGGUUAUCAUGGUCCAACUACCCAUGUUCUUGGGCUCUUAGGAAGCAUGCCUGGCCAACUUUGAAAAAGUGACAGAGAAAUAAUGAUUCAAUGACUGGACCCAUGCCUAUGUGAAUGGGCUGGGCUCUUUAAGCCCAGUGUCAUCAUUACAGCUGUCUUGUUGUGCAGUCUAAAGAGGAGCGGUCUACUCAAGCCAUGCAUUGAUCAAGGAAUGUUCCAGAUGAAUUGGGGAAGGGACACCAUGUCACUAUUUAAUGCUAUCAUGUAUUUGAUUUUAUUAGGGUCACUAAUGGGUACAUUCACAUGGGGAGCAGUUUCACUAAACUGUAGUUAUGUCAUGAAAAAAGGAACUACUCCUUGUUCUGUCUGUCUCCAUAAAACAACUCAGAGCUU